GGUUAUAUCAUUUCUUCAUGGUCCUCCUAAUCUUGACCCCAAUGCCAAAUUUAUCAACUUUUUAAACAAAGAAGUAGCUAGCAUGCUUUAUAUUUCAUUAGUGUCUCAGUUCUAGUGACUAGUGAGUGGAUUUUGCUUGUCAUCUCAGGAUGUAUGAUCCCAUAUUUGCUAAAAGCUUUAGCAAGUAUGAGCAGAAACGAUUUGGAUUCUGGGCAAUUCUCAUAUGUACGAUUAUGGCAGUGAGCAUUUUCUUGGAACUGAAGCCUGGUUUCCAUCCUCUAGCAAUCCUUGGCAAUGCAAUGAAUUUGCAAUUAUCCAUCGAUGCUGCCCAAGACAAGUUAGCAGUGAAGGACGAGGACAUCUCCCCACCAUUAGCAGUUGAUCAAGCAAAAGAGGGGGAGCAAACUGAUAUGUUGAGAGUCAAUGACAUGGGCACCUCUUCUCCAUUAGCAACUGAAGCAGUGGAGUCGGAUCCAACUAACACCUCGAUAGUCAAGGAUAUCGACACCAACCCUCCAUUAGCAACUCAAGCAAAGAAGGUGGAAACUCGAUCAGAGGAACUAGUAGAACCAGCAUGCAAUUUCUUGGGACCCCUCUCAGAUUAUUGUGAGAUCAAAGGAGAUAUAAGAAUUGAAGCAAAUUCCAGCACCAUCUUCAUUGUUUCGCCUCAAACGACCAUUGCAGCCAAAAAUAAGUCUUGGAGCACACGGCCUUAUGCCAGAAAAGGCAAUGGAGGAGCAAUGAUCAGUGUCAAGAAAUGGACCAUAAAAUUAGUGUCACAUAAUGAGGACAAUAUCCCCAGGUGCAGCAUAAAUCACAGCAUUCCAUCAAUCUUGUUCUCUACAGGAGGGUUUUCAGGAAAUCCAUUCCACGAUUUUUCAGAUUUAUUGGUUCCAAUUUAUUCAACUUCACAAGAAUUUGGAGGUGAGGUACAAUUUCUUGCAACUGAUCAUCAACAUUGGUGGAUAUCAAAGUAUCAAAUGCUUUUCUCUAGGCUCUCCAGACACGAAAUAAUCGCCAUCGAUAAAGAAAAGGAAAUCCAUUGCUACUCAAGAAUGGUUGCAGGGCUUAAAUCGUAUAAAGAGUUUAUCAUCGAUUCAUCAAAGUUUCCAAAUGGUUUGUCCAUGAACCAUUUCAGGCAGUUCCUGAGGAGCACAUAUUCCCUGAAGAGAACUAGAGCGAUCAAACUGAGGAAAGGGGCCGGCCAAAAACCACGAUUAAUGCUAAUUUCGCGAGGUAGAACAAGAAGAUUGACAAACGAAGGUGAAAUCACUCGAAUGGCACGAAAAUUAGGCUAUGAAGUUAUAGUAGCAGAGGCAGGCAUUUCAACAAACUUGACAAGUUUUGCUCAGUUAGUCAAUUCUUGUGAUGUCUUGAUGGGAGUUCAUGGAGCUGGACUAACCAACAUGGUUUUUCUCCCAGAUAAUGCAAUUUUGGUACAAAUAAUUCCCUUGGGAGGCAUUGACGGGCUUGCCAGAGUAGACUUUGGAAUCCCCUCAAAGGAUAUGAACAUAAGAUACUUGGAAUACAAAAUUGAGGCGACAGAGAGCUCUUUAAUUGAGCAGUAUCCCCUUGAUCAUGCAGUUUUUAGAGACCCAUCUUCGUUUCAUAAACAGGGAUGGGGUGCAAUUAGAUCGGUGUACUUGGAUAAACAGAAUGUGAAGAUUGAUUUGCAUAGGUUUAAAUCAACUUUGGUUAAAGCCCUCAAGCUUCUACGCCGUCACUAGUUAAUUAGAGCUAGAUGUGUAAUUAAGCAAGCAUCAGUCCUUUUCUUUUCCCUUUUUUUCCCUUUAUGCUCCUUGUUUUUGUCAAUAUUUAUUACCACUAUA